AGACAGCUUUUAUCUUAUGCUAAAGUAGCUGAUAAGUGUGUUCAUACGUAUUGCCCAUUUCAUACUGAGCGAGAUAGAAACAUAUUUUAUAGUUACAGAAAUGUUGUAUCCAUUUGCGUUAUGUCUCAUUUUAUAUGGAAUAUUUGGAGCAGUGCAGAACGAUGAGUACAAACGACCGCUCUUUGAUAUAGAAUCAGAGAUUUCGACAUUGAAAAGGCAAUUUAACAUACAGGCAUCCGAAAUCAAAGCACAUGUCUCUGAAAUAAAGGCACAGGCCUCGGAAAUUGACAGCCUGAAACAACAACUUUACGCAUACGAACAUUCUGGAGAAGCACAGAAGACAAAGCAGAUCAAAAGACUACUCUUACAUAGUGAUACGGAUAUAGCUACAGAGAUUUUGGAUUUGAAAAGCCAAUUUAAUGCACAGGCCUAUGAAAUAAAGAACCUAAAACAACAGCUCAACGCAUACGAACACUCAGGGAAAGGUUUGGGCUCAUCAUAUGUCCGAUGGGGUCGAACAGUUUGUCCAGGAAAUGGAUCAUCUACCUUAUAUAAAGGAUUCAUGAGUGGGACGUUUUUACCAGGUCAUCUCCAAAGUGGUAAGGGAACAGGGGCUAACUUUUUGUGUCUGCCAGAAAAUCCUUUAUGGGAUUAUUAUACAGAUACUAAAGAAAAUAAUAUUUUAAUAACAGGCGUUGAGUACAUUUUUUAUCCGCAUAGUACAGCUGAACAGAUAAAAUUCUUUGGAUCUGCGCUCGGACACAGUGAAGCUCCAUGUGUAACCUGUCAUAUCAACCGUGGAUCAAACAUUAUGAUUCCUGGUAGGACCGAAUGCUUCGAUGGAUGGACAAAGGAAUACAGUGGAUAUUUGGUAGCUGGUUACCCAGGAUAUGCAGAUUCGUCAGAAUACGUUUGUUUAGAUAGAAGACCUGAAGUAGUUGCACAUAGCGGAAACGCUGUCUAUGAAAACAAUUUAUACUUCGUAGAAAGUCAUUGUGGUGGGACGCUGGCUUGUCCUCCAUACGUCGACGGUCGGGAACUCUCAUGUGUGGUCUGCUCAAUUUGAUAUGAAAUUGUAAAUGAUGUUUUAUUAUAAUAAGCAUAAUACGAAAUCUUGUAUUUUAUGUGUGCAAGAA